AUGCAUCAGACUCCAAUCUCUUCUGCUUCCAUUGUUUUAAGACAAUAUCUAGAUCUGCCAUAUCUAGACAGAAAGCAAAACCCAAUACAUUUUUGGAAGCAAAGGGAAAAUGUAUAUCCAACCCUAUGCCGGAUGGCAUAUAAAUAUUUAUGCAUUCCCGCUACCUCAGUGCCGUCGGAACGACUUUUUUCAAAGGCUGGUUUACUUACGAAUCAAAGAAGGAACAGACUCAUGCCAAAAAAAGUUGACCAAAUAUUAUUUUUAAAUUCUUUCUGUACCGAAAAGAGGACGUAUUGA